AUGCCUCCCAAGCAGCAAUCUACGCUCGGCAAUUUCUUCGGAAAGCCCAAUGGUUCCAAACCCACCCCUCAACAGUCGAGGCUCUCUUUCGCAACAAAACCAAAGCCCGAGCCCAAGAAGGCCAAGGAUGAAGACCAGGCCGAGGUCGAAGAUGGUCCGUCAGAAGUCAACAAGGCUGCAGUGAAGGAGGAGGCUACCCAGGAUCUCAAGGAAGAGCCCAAGGAGGACAUCACAUCGCCAAAGCCGACCAAAGCAACAAAGAAGAGAGCUGCCGAAGUUAAGGAAGAAGAGGAAGAAGAAGCUGUCGCCUCAGAAGAAGAGCCUCCGACCAAAAGACAGCGCAAGAAGCCAGCCGCAAAGCCCACAAGCCCAAAGAAGAAGGCAAAACAAGAGCCGGUUGAAGAAAUGGAAGGGCCCGUCAAGAAGGCCAAGGCGACACCGAAGAAGCCUGUGGACAAUGCGCCAGCACCUGCCAAAGUCGACGAGGAAGACAUCGCAAUGAAGGACGGUUCCGAAAGCGAUCCACAGUCAGAGGCAGAGGAAGUCGAGUCAGACGAGGAAGAACAACCCGAGAAGGCGGCAAAGGCCCGCGAGAAGGUCCAGAGCACAUUCAAGUCCAACACGAAAGAUCCAUACCCUGACUGGAAGGCUGGCGACCCAGUACCUUACGCUGCGCUCUGCACCACAUUCUCCAAGAUUGAGAUGACGACGAAGCGUCUUGAGAUCAUGGCACAUUGUUCCUUGUUCCUCAGACAAGUUCUUCGCCUCACCCCUCAGGACUUGCAACCAACCGUUCUACUCAUGCUCGGAAAACUCGCAGCAGACUAUGCUGGUAUCGAGCUGGGAAUUGGCGAGAGUCUCAUCAUGAAGGCAAUUGGCGAGUCCACAGGUCGAUCACUCAAAAUCAUCAAGGAGGACCAACAAAAGAUCGGCGAUCUUGGUCUCGUUGCGGCAAAGAGCAAGGGCAGUCAGCCCACCAUGUUCAAGCCAAAGCCCUUGACUGUUCGUGGUGUACAUGAGCAACUCAUGGCUAUUGCCAAGAUCGAGGGUUCUGGUGGCCAAGGUCGCAAGGUUUCUGGUAUUCACAAGUUGCUUUCUGCUGCCGACGCAAAUCUGCCAAAGGGCAAGGGAGUCGAUAUCGAAGAGAAUAAGGGUGGAGCGAGCGAAGCAAAGUUCAUCGUGCGCACACUUGAAGGAAAGAUGCGCCUGGGUCUGGCAGACAAAACUGUGCUUGUCUCGGUAGCUUCAGCCAUGACUUAUCACGAUGUCAUGACCAAGACCAACAAGGCUCCUAGCACCGAGCAACUGGAGAAGGGUGAACGCGUCCUGAAGAACGUCUACAACGAACUCCCCAGCUACGAAGUCAUCAUUCCUGCAUACCUCGAGAACGGCGUGUUCGACCUGCACGAUGCAUGCAAGCUUCAACCAGGUGUUCCGCUCAAGCCCAUGUUGGCCAAGCCGACCAAGUCUAUCACUGAAGUCCUUGACCGCUUCGAGGGCAAAGACUUUACCUGCGAGUACAAGUACGAUGGAGAAAGAGCACAGAUUCACUUUGUCGCCCACGAUGCCGAUCUGACCUACGCCACUGCUGCCCCUACUGCUGGCAACUCUGCAAAGGGCGUUUCCAACAUCUUUUCGAGAAACAGUGAAGAUUUGUCGAAGAAGUACCCUGAUAUUCUCGCAAAGCUGCCCACUUGGGUCAAGGACGGUACCAAGAGUUUUGUGCUGGACUGCGAGACCGUCGCCUGGGAUGUUGACGAGAAGAAGGUGUUGCCUUUCCAACAGCUUAUGACGAGAAAACGCAAGGAUGUCAAGGCCGAAGACAUUAAGGUCAAGGUUUGUGUCUUUGCUUUCGAUCUGCUCUUCCUCAAUGGCGAGGCUCUUGUCAACCAAUCCUUCCGUGAGCGCAGAGUCAAGCUGUACGAGGCCUUCAAAGAGGUCGAGGGCGAGUUUGCCUUUGCUCAAUACGGUGACACCAACGACCUUGAUGCAAUUCAAGUCUUGCUCGAGGACUCGAUCAAAGCCUCUUGUGAAGGUUUGAUGGUGAAGAUGUUGGACGGUCCUGAAUCAUACUACGAGCCUUCGCGCCGCUCGCAAAACUGGUUGAAGGUCAAGAAAGAUUAUCUCGCUGGUGCAGGAGACUCUUUGGAUCUGGUCGUCCUCGGUGCUUACUACGGAAGAGGAAAACGCACAAAUGUUUAUGGUGCAUUCCUUCUCGCCUGCUACAACCAAUCAUCACAGCAAUACGAGACGGUCUGCAACAUCGGCACGGGAUUCUCAGAAGCUCUCCUCGAGUCACUGCAUGAGACGCUCUUACCACUGGUUAUCGACCGCCCCAAGCCCUUCUACAGCCACUCCUCAGGCAACAAAGACCAACCCGACGUCUGGUUCGAGCCUCGCCUGGUCUGGGAGGUCAAGACUGCCGAUCUCACACUGUCACCACGCUACAAGGCUGCAGCUGAUGCGCUGAACGAUCCCAGCGGUAAGGGUGUCAGUCUACGGUUCCCGAGAUACAUCCGCGAUCGUGAUGACAAGAAACCUGAUGAUGCUACUACUGCCAGACAGGUUGCUGAAAUGUACAGGAAGCAAGAGUCUGUGGGUAAGAACAAGGGACCUUCUGUUGAUGACGACUUUGAGUAUUGA